AAUCGGGUGCUUCUAUCUCCUCCGCCACAACUGGGAGCUGCGUGCCUCCAAUGCCAUUGACGGAGGCGUCUUUGUCGUCUCUGGUCGCACCGCCGCCUACCGGACCAAGCUCCUUAAGUCACCGGGGUUCAUGGACAGGUUCUGCAGGGAGCGUUUCUUCUUUGGUCUUUUUGGCGGCAAGGGUCUUGGUCCCGACGACGACAACUUUCUCACCCGCGAGGCGUACCAACAUGGCUGGAAAAUCAAGUUCCAGCAGACCGAAGACAGCGUGGUUGAGACGUCGCUGGGUGACGAGAAUGCCGUCAAGUUCCGGGGCCAGCUGGUCCGCUGGGCGAGGACGACGUUCCGGAGCAACCCGUGCAUGUUGAGGCAGGUAAGCGACGUCUACACCUGGCGUAUGCCAUACACCUAUUUCGCGGUAUACGCAGCUGCUCUCUUCAACUUUGCUCUUUUUUGGGACGCAACGCUGUUUGUGUCUCUGUACCUUUCAUGGCAUACCAGGGGGCUCUUCACGAAUGAAAUGGGCCUGCUUGCGCUUUGGGUCUUGUGGACCAAGACCAUCAAGCUCUGGCCGCACAUCCUCCGCCACCCCUCCGAUAUCCCCUUGAUACCAUGCCAGAUUCUCUUUGCUUACGCUCACUCGAUCAUCAAGGUUUGGGCACUCUUCACAUUUUGGGACUGUGCUUGGUUGGGUAGAAACUUGGAUGCUGUCGACGCUGAAUCCAAGGAGUUGAAGAGGGAACUUGAUAAGGACUUUACCUUCGCGUAAUUGUUUACGUACUGGAUCUGACACUUCACUGAUUUCAAGGGCGUUUCUGGAGAGUCUCUUGAC